UGGAGCGAUGACGACGUGCCGCUCCCUGACUCUGCUCGGUGCGCUGGCGCUGGUCGCCGUCGCCAGCACCGCCGCUUUGCCGGCGACAACGGCGGGUCAAGAUCUCCCACCGAGGGUCGACGGCGCCGGGGCGACGGGAGCGAACGCCUCCGAGGCUCAGCAAGCGGAGCAGGAGGCGAUGGAGGUCAGCGGCCGCGGAGCGCCGGUCGACGAGGUCCCGGCGGAGCGUGUCGAGGAGGUCCCGGCGGAGCGUGUCGAAGAGGUCCCGGCGGAUGGCGUCGUGGUGGUGCCACCGGCUCCGGUGGCGGCCGUUUCGGUGGUGAAUGUAGACGGCGUGCCGGAAGCUGUCAAGAUCGCCACCAGCGCGGCCCUAGCGAGCGCGGCUGGGGAAGCGGCGCCCGACGCCAGCGCCCCGGACACGGUUGCGCUGAGAGAAGAACCGGCGCAGGCCGGCGCGUCCAAGACCGACAUGAAGCGGCCAGCGGCUCAGGAAGCCACAGCUGGGCAAGGCGUCGGCAAUGUGACGGUCGUCAUGCAGACAUCGUCAGUGGACAACAGCGCCGAGCUGAAUGCGCGUCGGAUGCCGGUGGCAGCGCCCGUCUGCGCCGCCAUCUUGGAUCGCCUGGCCUACGACUCGUUCCGGCGACAGCACCACGCGUCGUGGACGAUGUGCCGCUGCCUGAACCGAGCGCAGGCCGUCUGUCGACCGGAGACCCAGUACCCGACCGUGAGGCCCGGCUCAGCCUCGGCCGUGCUGGGCCUCGAGCACGCGGGCGCCGUCUCCUCGGCGCAGGCCCAGGCGGAAGCCGCCGCUAACCUGUUCGCCAUGCGUCACUCGUGCGGACAGCAGGUGCAGGCCGGCCGCAUCUGCUUCUUCAGCAUCUGGCGCGGCCAGCCGACCUGCGACUGCGCUGAGCGACUGGCGCUGCAGGCCCUGGAGGCCGGGGUCGUAACCCGGCGCGCCCGGCCGGCGGCGGGGGCGCAGAACUCGCCAGGAGAGACGCAGGAGGCCGUGCCGCCGCUGGAGACGCAGCGGGAGGCUGAACACGCCGCCCCACCCGUGCAGGCCCGCAAUUUCAACGACGUCCAGGAGUUCAUGCGCUUCUGAGAAUUCCUCUCUGCAUAGCGAGUAUCAUGCAGCUGCCUGAGACCAGUGUCUUGAGCUGUGUCUGAAAUAGUCUAGUGCCUGAAAUGGCCGCGAGAGAUUCUUCGCAUAUCUGGAUAUCUAUACCACUUAUUCCGUUGGAAUUGUGCUCACGACAGAGCCUAUAAGCGGCGCGAGAUCAGCGAGCCCGAACUGGCGCAAUCGGAACGCCUGAAGGCAUUGGCAGCAGCGGGCGGGGCGUUCUCCGCUGUGGAGGUUUUCGCAUGACGUGACCCGAUCGCCCGAAGCGGCGGGUCCUUGCGUCAUCACGGGCACAGGGCUGCCGAACAAGAGACACCAACCGAGUCGUGGGAGUUGUUUUCAAGAGCUGUUUUCAUGUAGCAGGCCGUGUUUUGACUGUGCGCGUAUGGUUCCAGAAAGGCGCAACCAAGUUAAGUGUGAAAUAUAUUUUUAGAAAUGUGUCCUCGGAAGGUCAAAAGCCGUAUUUGAAAGCGCGUUUGGUCCACUGUUAUCUGAUGUUUUCAAAUCAAGUGCACGAUUCCUAUAAUUCAAAAUGUUCAUCUAGAUCACAUAGCUGGGUUCCAACUACGUUCCACAGAAGACCAUCUUCAACCAAGUUAGUUUCACAGAUGCGCUUUUUGUCAAACAGCAUAAUAGUCCAUAUAGCUCACCCCGAUCGAAGCAGACAGCCGCAAACCAUCACUAAGACACCCAAUUCGUCACAACCACACUGAGAGCGGCGUGAUGCGCUCGAGAUUAACACAGGUGUGAAGGCUCGCGCCCAUAUUUACAACGCCUCCAGCGCGGAGAGUUCAGGCGCUCGUUGCGGUAGAAGGCUGUACGCGCUAUUUUGUAGAAGCGACACUGAGCAGCCCAUGUAGCUACGCACAGCUUAUAGUGAAUGCCGUGCAGGCAUUGUGAAGUUUGUGAGAAAUACUGGUGGCAGUUUGUGGCAAGUGCUUUCGGUUUGUUCAAGGCGUUAUUGCUAGUGUUGCGGAUGGUUUGCACAGCUGUGACCAUGCAUUGUGGAUUUGAAAAUAAAUAUCGCCUUUUA